AUGCUCCCUUCGGACUCCACCGAGGGUUCAAACUGGGGCUUCGCUCAAGUGCACCACCUACUGAGGUCGCCCAUCAACGGGGGCAGUGCGGGGCCCAGUCACCACAAUGAAUCUACAUUCCGAUUAUUUCACGAAGAACAAUCCGUGGAUGCUUCUCCUCACGACAGUCGCAAAGGCUUCACGUCAUCUAGGCUUCAGCCGAGUCGCACUCGGCUAGGUGACUUUGGCCCGCUUUGGAAGCUUCUUCAUGAAGACCCUGCUUCUACUAGUGUCACACCAACAUUGUUGACCACCAACCCCGACCUGAAAAAAGGUCAAUCCUCAUUUGAUAUCUUGCCUUCCAGUCCAUCUCAAGGGUCCGUCAAAGAUGGCUCAUUUUCCGACUCCUCCAACACUGAAUGCACUGGCGCUGUUCCACGCAGCACCUCUCCGAUCAUUGGCGAAAGAAAGCGUCGGGUACUCAAGGACACCAUCACCAACUAUGCUUCUGACUCCACAUCCCGUGCUUCUGUCGAAUAUCACUCAUUUUCAAUUUUGAAGCGUCCCUCGGGUCAUGAGCCUCUUGCAAAGAAUACCAAUGUGACAUUUGAUAUUUCACGGACGCCUACAAAGACAGUCACCAGAGCCGGCGAUGAAAAUACUACCCCCAAAGUGAAACGCAAGCCUCGAUCUCGUGGAAAAGGUUUUCGAAAUGACCCAUUCUCUUCCGAAGGUAGUGCCGGAGUAGAUUCGGACGCAAGUUUCAUCUUUGAUCGUCCCAUGCCUGGCAAAUACGACGCCUUUGCAUUCGUUCCAUCUCAAGUUGGCGCACCUGAAGUGAAGAAUAACCAAUAUGAUACGCCGCCGUCUUCAUACGAUGAUCAAGACUGGACACUGAGCACCAACCCGGGCCUUGCUUCUGGAGGUACUCGCAUUCGGUCCGCCUUGUACCAGUCAAUUUCAGAGCGCAGAGCUGCGUUGAUGACCCGACUCCUUCGAGAGUUCCCUGAUUAUGCCAAGCUCGCAUACCAUGUGGGACAGGCCUUACCAGUUGAGACUAGCGAGAGUAUUCAUUCACAACCUAUCCAUAUCUUUGUUGAUAUGUCGAAUAUCCUGGUGGGAUUCCACGAUUCGGUGAAAGCCUCGCGAAACAUUCCUCUUUCGACUCGUAUUCGUCGUGUCCACAUGUCCUUUGCCAACCUUGCGUUGAUUAUGGAACGCGAGCGUCAGACCGCCAAGAGAGUCUUGGUGGGUUCCGAUCGCCUUCCUUGCGUUGACGAAGCCGAGAGAUUGGGCUACGAACCGAAUAUCCUUGAGCGUGUCCACAAGAUGAAGCCCACGAAGCCCAUCACACCCCGUCGCAACAAGUCCUGGAAGAACUCUGGUUCCGGUUCUCAGGGGGCAUCCAGCGGUCCUGAAACGGUCGCUGCCUCUGGUGAGCGAUGGGUUGAGCAAGGUGUGGACGAAAUUCUGCAUCUGAAGAUCCUCGAGAGCCUUUUAGACACCGAUAAACCGGCGACAAUUGUCUUAGCGACGGGUGAUGCGGCAGUGGCAGAAUUCUCCGGUGGCUUCAUGAAAAUGGUUGAGCGCGCGCUACAGCGCGGUUGGAUUGUUGAGCUUGUGAGCUUCGCCUCGGGCACAAGCUAUGCAUACCGCAAGAAGGAGUUUCGGCAGCAGUGGGGUGAGCAGUUCAAGCUUGUUGAACUGGAUCCGUACGUGGAAGAGCUUUUUGAAUACUAG